GAAGCACCAAUGAGAUGCAUGAACAGUGCCGCCAUCAAACUCUGUUUCGUCACUCCAGAAUCCAGUGGACAUGAAAGAAGCGACUUGCUGAUUAAUUGCCCUUCGCUUUGGUCUUUCGCAUCCCGCGUCUCGCAUUUCGCAUCUGCCGGUUAUUGACCACCGCAUUGGAAUGGGAGUGUGUGUAUGUAAUUGUUCAAACCCACACUGACGUUGCACAGUAUUAUUGGGCAUUUUGCACUUUCUUUGCAAUCAUUUGGAAUUUCACCAGGCUGUCUCCUCCCUAUCUACUCCAAGUUGCUAGCUGUGGUUAUUGAUAUAUAUACGCACUAUCAUUCAUUAAGUUUUGCAGACAAGAUCUUCAUACACGGCAUCUUCUUACAACUGACACUCAAUAAUCAUCAAAUAUGGGGUCCCUCGGCACAUCCACGAACUCCAGGCUGUUCGAGCCUCUCAAAAUUGGCAAUGUCACUUUGCAGAAUCGCCUGGUUAUGGCACCUUUGACCCGUUUCCGUGCCGACGACGAUCACGUCCCCCUUCCCUUCGUCACCACCUAUUACGAACAACGAGGCUCAGUCCCGGGCACCCUGCUCAUCACAGAGGCGACCUUCAUCACGAAACGCGCUGGAGGGUAUCCCAACGUACCAGGUAUCUACAACAAAGACCAGAUCGCCGCGUGGCGGAAGGUCACCGACGCCGUGCACGCCAAGGGCAGUUUCAUCUACUGCCAACUAUGGGCCCUAGGCCGGACGGCAAAUGAAAAGUACUGCAAGGCUCAGGGUGUUGACAUCGUCUCGUCCAGCCCAACUCCCAUGGACAGCGAGCGCCCCGUUCCCAGGGAACUGACCAAAGAGGAGAUCAAGGAAUACGUCGCCGAUUAUGCGCAAGCCGCGAAAAAUGCAAUCGAGGCUGGAUUUGAUGGCGUCGAACUCCAUGGCGCCAACGGCUAUCUUAUCGACCAAUUUAUCCAAGACAAUGUCAAUCGACGUACCGAUGAGUAUGGUGGUAGCGUUGAGAACCGUUCUCGUUUCGGUCUUGAAGUCGCCAAGGCAGUGGUCGACGCCGUAGGCGCUGAUAAGGUUGGCAUCCGGCUGAGCCCUUACAGUACAUUCCAGGGCAUGAGAAUGGCCGAUCCCGUUCCUCAAUUUACUCAUAUUCUGAAGGGCUUGAAGGAGUUGAAGCUCUCCUAUGUGCAUGUGGUCGAAUCUCGGAUAUCUGGAAGCGCAGAUAGUGAAUCGACCGAGAAGGUGGAUUUCGCCAUUGACGUUUGGGGAAACACAAGCCCGAUCUUGAUUGCUGGCGGUUUCACACCGGAGUCCGCUUUGAGGGCUGCCGAUGAAGAGUACAAUGACAAAGACAUUGCCAUUGUGUUCGGACGAUACUUUAUCUCGACGCCUGAUCUGCCUUACCGAAUCCAAAAGGGCAUCCCCCUGACCCCAUACGACAGGGACACCUUUUACAACCCAAAGUCCGAAAAGGGUUAUAUUGACUUUGGUUUCAGCGCGGAGUUUGAGCGUGAAAGCAAGAUAUAAAUUGCGUACGCUUAUAAGGGGGAAAAUAGACAGAGUGGUAGAACGGCGCGCGGUUGUUUCGCACUUAGAACAGGAGAACAAGUGGAAGAAGGUUAUGAAGUGACCGACUAUCAUAGACAUUAAUAGGUGACUUAGACAUCAUAUUUGCAUGCUUGUUAGGUCUUCAGGCGGUCCACUUCUGUCGCUGUCGUGAUUCCACCGUGGCUGUUCAAGCCGAGCACAUCCGCG